GCCGGGGCGGGGCGACGCUGAGCUCCGUCCCGCUCCCAUGGCCGCCCCCGGCUCCCGGUGCUGCCCCCUCUGCCCCGGGCCGCGCCCGGGGGUCCCGCACUGACGGCCCAUGGCGCCGCCCGCUGCCCGCCUCGCGCUGCUCUCCGCCGCUGCGCUCACUCUGGCGGCCCGGCCCGCGCCCGGCCCCCGCCCCGGCCCCGAGUGUUUCACAGCCAAUGGUGCAGAUUAUAGGGGAACACAGAGCUGGACAGCACUGCAGGGCGGGAAGCCAUGUCUGUUCUGGAACGAGACUUUCCAGCAUCCAUACAACACGCUGAAAUACCCAAAUGGGGAAGGUGGUCUGGGCGAACACAACCAUUGCAGAAACCCAGAUGGAGACGUGAGCCCCUGGUGCUAUGUGGCAGAGCACGAGGACGGCGUCUACUGGAAGUACUGUGACAUUCCUGCCUGCCAGAUGCCUGGAAACCUUGGCUGCUACAAGGAUCAUGGAAACCCACCUCCUCUCACCGGCACCAGUAAAACGUCCAACAAGCUCACCAUACAAACCUGUAUCAGCUUUUGUCGGAGUCAGAGGUUCAAGUUUGCUGGGAUGGAGUCAGGCUAUGCAUGCUUCUGUGGGAACAACCCUGACUACUGGAAGCACGGAGAGGCAGCCAGCACCGAGUGCAAUAGUGUCUGCUUCGGGGACCACACACAGCCCUGUGGUGGGGACGGCAGGAUUAUCCUCUUUGACACUCUGGUGGGCGCCUGCGGUGGGAACUACUCAGCCAUGGCAGCCGUGGUCUACUCCCCUGACUUCCCUGACACCUACGCCACUGGGCGGGUCUGCUACUGGACUAUCCGGGUUCCUGGAGCCUCACACAUCCAUUUCAACUUCACCUUAUUUGAUAUCAGGGAUUCUGCAGACAUGGUGGAGCUGCUGGAUGGCUACACCCACCGUGUCCUAGUCCGUUUCGAUGGAAGGAACCGCCCACCUUUGUCCUUUAAUGUCUCCCUGGAUUUUGUCAUUUUGUAUUUCUUCUCUGAUCGCAUCAAUCAGGCCCAGGGAUUUGCUGUCUUAUACCAAGCCACCAAGGAAGAACCACCACAGGAGAGGCCUGCUGUCAACCAGACGCUGGCAGAGGUGAUCACCGAACAAGCCAACCUCAGCAUCAGCGCUGCCCACUCUUCCAAAGUCCUCUAUGUCAUCACCACCAGCCCCAACCACCCACCGCAGACCGUCCCGGGGAGCCAUGCCUGGGCACCGUCAGUUGGGGCCAGCAGCCACAGAGUGGAAGGAUGGACCGUAUACGGCCUAGCAACCCUCCUCAUCCUCACAGUCACAGCCGUCGUUGCAAAGAUCCUUCUGCAUGUCACAUUUAAGUUUCAUCGUGUUCCUGCUUCAGGAGACCUUAGAGACUGUCGUCAACCAGGGGCUUCUGGGGAGAUCUGGACCAUUUUCUAUGAACCUUCCACUACAAUCUCCAUCUUUAAGAAGAAGCUCAAGGGCCAGAGCCAACAAGAUGACAGGAACCCCCUCGUGAGUGACUAAAGCCUCACCGCACCCAGACAGGAGGCUCCUCUCUGAGCUCAAGGCUGCUGGGGUCCCUUCCCCAUAGCCUCUCCAUUCACCUAAAGCCUCAUGGGGCCACCCUUCUGCAGACUUGGGAAGGGCACCCUCUUGCAGGGGUAAUGUAGCCUGGAGUCCUCCAUCACUUGCACUUAAGCUAUGCCCGGCCUGCAACUCUGUCUCCACUGGGGACGCUAAAACCGGGCUGAGCUGACAGAACAGCUGGGCCUGAUUCUAGAUGACUGUUGGGUGGUGGGUAGUUUAGUGUGUGAUGAGUUUUUCUUGCUUCUCUAUUUUGUCCACGUAUGGAUCAGUUUCCCCUGGUCUUUACGGGUUGGAACAGAGCCAGACUGAAGAAAUUCUUGGGUUUUCUUGAAGGCUGGCCUGGUUCCCUACCAGUGUGGUCUCCUGGAUGUUAGCACCUCAGAGUGGACAAGGGUCCAGUGCUCUGUACUGGCCCUGUAGCUUUCUCUCUGAUGCCGACUAGGAUGUGCCUCAUCUAGUCGGAGGGGACUGAGAGCAGGUCACUCUGGAUGUCUUCUUUCUAGAGGAUUCGCUGACCUGCAGGGCAAGCCUGAGGAUUGAGCAUAAAAAGUCCCUAUGUUUGUCCAUGGAGCAGACACUGCAAACUUCCUGUAUACUAGACUUACCUAGCCUGCCCCAAGCAGUUCCCCGGCCUGUGGAAUCUGCACUCAGCCAAGUCCUAGUUCAGAGCCAGGCGUUUAAAGGCUGUAGCAUAGCGCUGCGGCUGUAGCUCAGUGGUAGAGGGCUGCCUUGCACACGUGAGGCCCCAGGGUCAGUGCUAGCACUGCGAAAAGAGGGAGAGAAAAACUGGAGGCAGCAUCCCCUGGUAAGAGCAGACCCGUGCUUCCUGCAUGAGGUGUCUGUCAUUUUAAAAGAAGGCUAUGUCCUUUGUCCCUUAUCAUGGGGACAGAGCAGUUAGGAAUGAGGGUUCUUGUUUUGCCCCGUCACUUUGUCCCUUAGACGGGCAGGCGGACUACAGAAGUUGGCAAAAGGAAAAGGCAGGGCUUGGGAACUGGAGAUCUUCCCAGGAGAGGCUGGAAGAUUGAGAGUCCCAGCUGCAGUGGCUGCCAGUUGUGAGAGGAAGGGCCAUCCCUGAUGGAGAAGUCCAGCAGUCUGGAAGUGGCCUUUGUCAGCCACAGCUGAGAGGAACAGCCUGUGCCCUGAAGGUGGACCUUGGUCAGCGUAUGGCUUUCCUGACAGCACUUGAGCCUCGGUGGGUGCGUGUGGGCCUCUGAUCUCCUGGGGACCCUCAUGGAGCACUACGCUUACCUCCCCUGCAUCUCUAAGCCACUGCCAUUGAGGUCUUUUGUAGGGUUCGGGUAACCCAUCUGUAGCUGGCUGCUCCCGGGACAGAGGACUAUGUGGGACCGUCAGGGAGCAUCCUCAGGGAGAGGCAGUGACGAGAGCUGAUGGGAGAAGGAAAACCAUGUCUCUAGAGUGGGCCAGGGUGCUGGCCAGCUACAGAGAUGCUGGGGCUCAUCCUCUCACUUUGAUCUGGAAAAGCUGCAGCUCCUGGGUCUGAAGACCGUCUCACCACACACGAAGACCACUGGAAAUAGACUGACAGGAGCAGGUUCCACUCCAGGCUGUUCCUAAUGCUUGUGGGAUCCCCUGUGAAAACAGUCACAGAGUACCAUGUGCAUAGCGCAAAGAGGGUGUAGGCUCUCUCCCGGGGAGGGUUCAGCUGGCCAGGACACUUGUUUAGCUCUGAUCACUGGCUCCAGGCUUCCUCCAGGCCACCACCCAUGGGCCUCUUCACAUCUCAGCUACAACUCAGCUGCCCUUUAUUGGCAUCCCCAGGAAGGUCAGGGGACAUACCCAUACGCCUCUUGCUGCUGGCCUUGGCACAGCCCAGCAUUCCAGCAUCCGCUUCCCCUCUGGGGAGCAGUCCCAGGAAACAUCAACCCACCUUACAACAGCAUGAGGCAGUGGGAAGGGGUGUAAAUCACCCAGGCCAGACCUCCAGAAAUGACAGCCACAGCCUGUUAGAACCUGCCAGCAGCAUGUUUACCAGUCGGCUGGUAAACACUGAGUGCCGAGUGUUCUGGGAGAGGGGGCUUUUGAGUUGAGGAGGGUGGAGGUUGCCUGAGGAGAGCAGCAACACGAAAGACUGCUGGCCCUUCAGGGACAUAGGAGCAGGCACAGACCGGCACCUGUGUCCCCUCCUACUGCUUUCACUGCUUAGAAAGUGGAGCCGGUAGGAAAGAAGCCUGUGUCUCCCCCACACCAGCAAACAUGGCGCUGAGGCCGCCCGGAGAGAGCAAGGUGACCACACCUCUCAGACUUCUCGAAAUGUGGGCUCCGGCUUCAGACCUCAGCCAAAAGCUCCCGAAGAUCAAAGCUCUGGCAGGUACAGCUGUCCUGGCCUGAGCCAGCCCAUGGGAUGUGCCUGGGCCAGAUGCCACCCCAUGUCCCAGUGUCAGCCCAGGCCGGACCCCACCUGACCCUCCUCAUCAGACACUGGUCUGUCGCCAGCAGGACUUGCACAGCUGUUACCACCCCCGCCCCCCUAGGACUGUCCAUACUUAACCUUCAAGAGCACUUAGAGUGGAUGGGCUCCCAGACUCUGCUGAUUAUCUGCAGGACCCACACUAGGUCUCCCAGGCCAGCUCCUCACUCCACCCACAGUCCUCCAUGGUUACCUCUGGGGCUCCUCUGGGGUUUGGAAUCUCUUUAAAAGUCUGCUUUGGGUAUGGUCUGGGGAACUGUUAACCCUUCCCUUCCUGUGCCUUUGUUUACUGUCCUCACCCUACCUCCAGGCCACUCUCAACCUAGCUGCUCCUAUAUGGGGGGGGGGGCUUGUCAGACCUGCCAGCCACACCCCCACCCUGUCUGCCAACAGAGCCUGGGGGCUUCGCACAGGCUCUUGCCAUGUUGGAGCUGAGCACACUGGCUGAGGCUGAGUGGGUAGGGGGACAGUGGGAGGUGACUCUCUCAUAUCAGAGGGACACAUGCAAGGGAUCCUUUCCUGCCUGCACAGGGAGCUGCCAUCCCUGCCACCCUCGUGGCACCAAGACCUUGCCAUUUCCAAACUCACCCUCCAGCAGGGAUCUGACUUUGGACAAUAAGGCUUUAUUUGUAAAUAUGCUCUUAAUAUGCAACUUUGAGAAUGAAAUAGAAACAUCGUGUAUUUUAAAGUAUAAAAUGAAGUGUGACACACUGUAUACAAUUUAAUAUAUAUUUUUAGGGUUUUGUUAUUUAAGAAAAUGGAAUGUGAUGGUACUUAACUUUUACAAAAGAGAGAAAAAUGUUAUUUUUACUGUUUGAAGAAAAUAAAUAUUCUCAUUGUUGUAGAAAC